GCAUGAACCACUUCUCCCUGAAAGUUUGAACGGAUCACCAGAACACCACUGAUGCUCAACUCUGAGAAAAAGUUCAUAUUCAUACUUUCUAAUGCUGUUGCCAUACUUCAAAUCAUUGCCUUUGCAAUAGCCCUUACGUUAUCCUUGAGAAGCACAAACAUCCAUUACCUUACAAUCGACAACAGAAACAUGAAUGCCACUGUUGUUUACAGCGAUGAGAUAGUCUACAAUCUGAGGCAACAGGGGUUUAACGUAUCUGAUCUAUGGGGCCUACCAUCUUACACAAUUAAUGACACCACGUUAGAACCAUAUUACAGAUUAUACCUGAAGAAGUAUUGUGCUGGGUCGAACAAAGCUGGAGGUGGAUGGGAGAACUCGAAAUGCUUUGAUUGGACCACAGAUGAUGGUAUUGAUGAGAUUUACAACUCUCAGAACACAGAUGACAGGACUAAUGUGGAGGUGUUUGUGAACCCCAGUUACAGACACAGCGUUCGGUAUUUCUUUGACAGAACUACAGAGUCUCGAAGAAUGAUAACGUACAUUUCUGGCUCAAUUGCUGUUUGCACAAUGAUAACUACGAUCGUGACUGUUGUGUAUAUGUUAUUUGUCUGGUUGCUGAAUGAUGAUUUACACUGGCUCUGGAGAUUCCACAUCUUCCUCCUCUGUUUUGCAACAACGAUUGAAUCUGUUGUUGUUGCUAUCUUUGCUCGACGUCUUUCCCAUAGUGUAAGAGCUAUCGUGGGCUCAAGGAAAAUGAAGGCAGCAAGACUGAGAAUGACUGAUAGCAAUGCUGUCUAUAUUCUUGUGAUUAUCAUGGUGUCCGUUCUCUUGAUAUCCUUUGCCUUAAGUGGACUGUUUUCUUUUUUCAUGAAGCAAUUGACAACCAGCAGAAAGUCGAAUGAUGCAACAGAUCAAACAUCAACUGAGGAACAAACAAUAGACCUUGACGAUCUAAGUAUUUCAAAAGAUUCAGUGAACUGUUCAAAAGAAAUAUCAAGUGUGGGUGAAAGUACUAAACCAGACCCACCUCCUGCCUAUGUUAAGGGUGGAACUUCACCUGGCUAUACUGAGACACUCUUAUCAUGAAACACUGUAACAUAUGUGAUGAUUUACUAACAGAUUUGCUGGUCCAAUUCUCAUGCACCAAAUGUUUAAAUGCCUUUCAUAAAUGUGCUUUACGUCUAAGAUUUACUGUUUGUUAUGGGUCUCUGAUAAAGUAAUGACAAUUCCCUGAUCAUUUAAAUAGUACAUAAAGGGAAGUCAAGCGCAAUACCGUGGUAUUAUGGUUGAAGUUGAUAGUAUGUGAAUCAGGUUGUGAUAUCAUAGAGUAUGGAUCUGUACCAUGAUUGUGACCUCGGACACGUUUAUGACUCCAUAUAUCAACAAGAAAUUCUCACAGAGCCAGCUUGAGCAGUAGUUCAACUAGUUAGAGCUAAUAAUAAUGGCUACCUCUUUGGAAUCAUAGCUAAC